GAUCCCGCGAGAAAGCGUCGCCUUCCCGUUACUCUUUGGCGUCCUCGUCGCCCGUGUCAAUACUUCAAUAGAGCAACCAAACACCGCCAUCUUGCGUUCUUAUUGUCAACUUCCUUCAAUCGUAUUCAGCCAGUGCAGUGCACAGUAAUUUUGUGUUGUGACGAAGGCAAGAAUUGAAAUACUAACUAGUGUUUGUACUUUUAUUGUGUUUUGAAAUGGGGCAGUGAUAACCUAUAAUAUAAGUAUUCGAUUUAGAUACACAAUGUCCGACGUAAAGCAAGUGAAAGUUGACAACUGGGGCAUUUAUUUCCUCCAGAGAUUAAAGCACUUUUUUAAUCGAACUGAUUAUUGCGAUCUCAUUCUUCAGUUUCAAGAUAAUGCUCAACUAAAAGUGCACAGACUUGUUUUAAAUGCAUGUACAGAGUAUUUUGAACUCCUUGAAAGAACAUGUGAAAUGUAUGAGGAUUGUUUGGUGAUGCCAGAUGACUUACAAGCUGAUGUUGUGGUCCCUAUUGUAAACUUCAUGUAUACAGGUCAGCUUGAAUUCAAGAUGGAUACAUUAGAGAAACUGUAUCAGACAUCAUUGAUUAUGAAUAUGCCUGUACUGUCUAAACUACUUGAAGCUCACAGAGUACAUCCAAUAAAAACUUCAACCCAAAAUUAUAGUGCUUCUAAACGAAGCUCUAAAUCUAAUAAUUUUAAUAAACAAACAUUUCAACCUUCCCAUCCAACAUCUUCGUCCUCUUCAAACAAGCGAUCUUAUGGUAAAGCUUUUGAAAAUUCCUAUAGUGCUACAAACAAAGAAAAGAAAAAAGUUCUCCCCAGUAAGUCUGACACUCAAGAGUCUACUACUAUUUCGAGUUUUCCUACAUCUACAACUCAACAAGAACCUGCAACAUCUAAAAAACAUAUAUUUGUAAAUUCUCGACCUACACGAUAUGAAUUGCCAGAAGAAUUAGAUACAGACAAUAUUUUUGAAAACUCAUUUGCAAGUAUAUCAUAUACAUCCAAACCUUUAAUGGUUCAUCCUGACACUACUAAGCGAUAUCCAGCAAAGAAAAGUGGUAUAUUCCGUGAUCCACUGGAUCCAAAAAGAGCCAGUAACAGAACAUCAACAUUGGACAUAGUUGAAUGCAAAAAAAUCAUCAAAACUGACAUAUUUGAAGAUGACAACCUGGGAGAUGAGAUUGAUGACAAUGAUAUAUUUUCAUCGAAUUAUUCAAAAGUUGAAUUACGUAAAGACCAAAAUCAACUAUUUGAUCAGAUUUUAGACAAUAGAGAUGGUCCAAAAGUGACCAUAGAAUCAAAGGAUAAUAAACAAGUAAAUAACAUAGAUCAUGCUAAAAUCAUUAGUGAGGUACUAAAAAAAUAUCCACAUUUAAUGAAAAGUAACAAGAACAUUAAAUUGAAGAUCCUUAAUACACCAAGUAAAACUAAGAAACUUAAACCAAUUACCAUUGAAGAAAAGGAGGUAAAACCAAAAAUGGAUACUGCAGAUUUUACAUAUGAGACAGAUGUCCUAGAUUUUAAAGAAGCUGCAAAAUUAAUUGCUAUGGGAGCUGAAAAUGUUAAAGGCCCAUGGAUAUGUCUCAUAUGUGGAACACCUGGUAGGGCCUUACAUUUCCCUUCAUAUUAUAAAUUCCGUAGACAUUUGGUCAAUAUACACAAUGAAAAACCUAUGUCAACAAUAUGUGAAUACUGUGGUUUUAAAUCAUACAAAAGAAAUUACAUGUUGUACCAUAUGUAUACUAAACAUGAUAUUGAACCACCACCACAAUUCAAGUUCCCUAAAUGUAAUAUAUGCAAUUAUGUUGCCAUAAAUGAAGGUUUUCUUGUAAAACAUAGAUUGACUCAUUCAGACCAAAGAAAUUUCAAAUGCAAUGCUUGCAGCACAUUUUUCAAUACAAGCAAUCAGUUGAUGACACACUUUCAAAAAACGGGUCAUAGACAAAAUGCAGAUAAAAAAUCUGGCCUGCAGUGCAUUUACUGUCAUAAAAUAUUCUUAAGAGAUAGUAAUUUAUAUAGUCACCUAAGAACCUGUCAUAAGCAAGCCGCAAAGAGAGAUGGCGUCAUAGAUGAUUCUGAUGAUGAUAAGCACAUGGAGGAAAAACCAAAAGUAAAUCAUGGUUUUGUUAAAUCAGAAUCUUAUGAUAAUGAAUCUGAAGAUAUAGAUGUCCAAUUUCAAAUUCAACAAAGACCAGAUGGAAAUAUACAUGUAGUACCUAAAAAAUCAAGAGUACAACCAGUACAAAUUCAAAAGCAGAAAAUUUUGAAUGCAGGCUUUAGUACACCUGCUCUCAAGGUUCAACAAGGACAAAAGCCAAAAGUUAAUCGACAUCUUUCCAUCCAUCACGAAUACAGUCAGGAUAGCGAUCCAUCUCCACAAAAUAUUUUAAAUGAAGAAAAUGUAGUUGUAAUAGAUAAUAUUGACUACAUUAUGAGAGAUAAUCAACUAAUACCCAGAAAAACGAAAAUACCAGAAAAUGAAUAUGUUAUACCAGAAAUUAUGAACACAGAUGGUGAGGCAUCUAAAAUGAUACUAAAAAAAUCCAACAUUGGUCAGCCAAUACAAAUUGUUGUCUCAAAUGAAGAAGAAUACAAAACUCUUAUGUCUUCCAAUCACUCUAUUAUAUUUGACAAUGGUAACACAAAUAAAACAUUAACAGUAUUAGCUGCACCACAUAGUACGUCGUUGGAUACUACAACUAUAGACUUGGACAACACUCAAUCAAAUGAUAUGAUGAUUAUUCAAGAUGAAUAUCCACUAAAUGUCUCAGAAGCUGUAGUAACAGAUAACUCAAAUAUUGUUGUUGUUUACAGCCACCAAAUGGGACAUGUUGAUGAUUCUGAUAAACAGUAUCAAAUAAUAUCCUCACAAGACAUUGGAGCACAAUAUGUUCAGUCAUCAGCAAUGAUAACACAAAAUUAUGAAACAGUUACUACAUCUACUCCAGUUAUGAGCGCACAUAUUAUAGAUGCUCAAGUAGAAGAGUCUUGGCAGAAUAAUACUGCACAAAACUUACAGAAUAAACAAAUUAAUGUAACUCAAGAAACACCAAUACAAACUAUUCCUCAAACUACACCAGAAGCAACAAAUAAUGAAACAGAAACUACAUUAAUAGAGCUCCCCGAAGUACAGCUAAUACCAGUGUCAAAGGAAAUUCCUGCUGAAUUGAGUGAAAUGCAUAAUGCUUUAAAUCAUCCCAACGUGAUUGAUAUUCAAAAUAUAGUCGAAAAAGAUAAUACAGAAGAAAUACAAGAGCUGGUCAUCAAAGAUGUACAAAAUCCGAUGUCAACUUCUUCGGAAAAUACCCCCUGUGAAACAAUGUCUGAAAAAGAAAUAACUACAGCUUCAGCAAUCGACACUCCAUCAAAGGCAACAGUUGAUUCACAAAACGACAGUAUAAUGGAAAAUAGUAUCCAGAUAUUGUCAGAAACUACUGUUCCCUCUGUUGUACAGCAAACCAUAAGUGCGCAUAAUUAUCCCGACAUUAUAAAUGAAACGAAAGCGCUAGAUGAACAGACCGUUGAAAAUAAUUUGUGCACAGAUGGUAUUGUGCAGGACAUGGAAAAUCCAAGUGAACCUCCUAACAUUGCAGAAACAAUACCUUUAAAUCAGAUCAAUCAUAUAACACCCAAUACGGCAAAAGUACAAGUCCAAAAUUUAGCAUCAGAGUGGUCCGAGGAUGAAUAUGAGGCUACAACACAAGAUUCAAGUGAAGUUAAUGAGAAUACCGACUCAGUGAUAGAUAAUACAACUGCUGUUGCUGAAGGAAACCCACCUGAAAUAGAAGAAUCUAUUGAAAAUAUUCAGCAGGAAAUGGCAAAACAGCUAGCUGGUGAUUCUGAAACAGAUGUGACAGAAAUGGUGAAAACGUCACAUGAAACUAUAGAUAUUGCAAACACUUCAUCACAUGAUAAUAUAAUACAUCUAGACACUGAUGUACAGCUGCCAUCAAAUAUAGUCAAUAACACUGAAGGAGGUCAGGAAAAACUGACGUCGCUUUUAAAUGAUUGGGAUGAUAAUGACUCCCAAGAAGAAAAUAACUCUUCAAAUGCUAAUGAAUGUGAAGAGGAAAAUGAAUGUGAACAUGGAAAUGAACUUGAACAGGAAAUCGAAAGUGAACAAGGAAUUGAAUGUGAACAAGAAAAUAAUGAUCAAGUAGUUUCAUUAGAAAAUAAUACUACUACUACUGAAAAUGUUCCAGGUGUUAUCAGUGAUGCUGCUAUUAUAAAGCCCAAUUCAAGUAAAGAUAAUAACAUCACAAAAUUGGUUAGUGAUUGGGAUGAUGAUGAGGAAGAGAAUAAGGCAUAAAUAAUCACUAUUUAAUUCAUGUAGUAAAUCUUUUAAAUCGAUUAAUUAGAUACAUUACAUUUUUU